AUGGAUGAGCUCAAUCCGGCAAUUGAGCCAGCUCUCUCACACGCAGAGCCGCAGCCGAGCGAUCUACAGGAGCAUGUGCAACAUGAGCCGAAAGCACCAUCAUUAAACCUCGUCGCUGAAAACGCAUUCGUUCGGCCUCAAGAUGACAUAGACAACGACAAGCAAUCUCACUCUGCAAAUAUCAAGCAGGAUUAUUACACAUCAGUCCAAUGGACAGCUGACGGAACAUCACUCCUCGUCUCUUCUGCACUCAACUCAAUUUCCACCUUUGUUCUCCCUGAAGAUCUGCUCGACCCAUCAGCCGCUUGUCCGCGACGUCUUGAGUCGCAAUCCACAAUAACCCUCCCUGAGCCUUCCCAAACAGUCGCCGCAGCCCCCUUCUACUCUCUAGCGGAGCCAAGCUCACAAACUGUACUCGUUGGGUGUCGCGAUCAUCCUAUUCAGUUAUACCAUCUCUUUCCUCCUGAUGAUGGUUUCGCGUCGCGUUCUGCUCCACUUGCUUCGUAUAAGUUAAUACGUCGCGAAACGGAGGAGUACAUCACACCAUCAUCUCUUCUCUGGGAAGGCUCCGGGACUCAUUUCCUUGUUGGAUCGACAAAUCGUCUUGAUCACUUUGACAUGACACGCCCAGGUUCAGAUGGCCCUGUGCUUACAAUACCCACCAUCCCCUCCAAACGCCAUAUCUCAAAGGGUAGUGGUGUUGGUAUGAAGGGCACCGUCGCUGCUCUGGCAUCUUCACCUGUGGAUGGCAAUGGAAACUCUGUUAUCGCAGCGGGAACAUGGACGCGGUGGAUGGGACUGUACGAUGUCCAUCGGUCAGACAAGGUCGUUGCUAAUUGGUCCCUCCCGCGCUCAGACGACAUAGAGGGAGGUAUUGGAGGGCAAGGUAUUGUUCAAGUCUGCUGGAGCCCGUGUGGUCGUUACCUCAUCAUCAGCGAGCGUCACGCCUCUGGCAUGAUCGUAUACGAUAUCCGGGGCACAGGUGAACUUCUCUGCACCCUUCGAGGACGAAGCGCACCAACGCAGCAAAAGAUGUCAGUAGACGUCUUCGCAGGUGAUCCUUAUGCCGAGUUCCCAUCCUUUGAAGUCUGGGCAGGGAAUCAUGAUGGCGGCGUCGCAGUUUGGGAAGGCGUUGGCAGUCAAAUUGGUGUUGUAGACCCCUCGUGGAGUUGGAAGCCCCAUGACGCGCCAGUCGGGAGCACAGCUCUGCAUUCGAGCGGUUCUGUUGUUGCGACAUGCUCGGGAGGAUGGGGAUUUGGGGAGGAAUCUGAAGCUCAGACAGUGUUUGACGAAUCCAGUAUCAAGAUCUGGUCAAUAGGAGCUUGA